AUGAAGUUCACUGCUAUCACCAGCGCUCUGCUCUAUACAAGCGUUGUCUUUGGCGCUCGGUUCACAGAAGAACGCCGUGCCCGCUGGGCGAAGCGCGAGUCUGUUGCUGUUACUGCUCGUAGCGGCUCUAGCCUGCCUCGCUUCCCCGUCAUCAACUCUCCGGGAACAGAUGAGCUUGAGACGGUCAACAACACCAACGAGGAGUACAGCUCGAACUGGGCUGGUGCUGUGCUCAUCGGCUCUGGCUACAAGUCCGUCACGGGCACCUUUGUCGUGCCUACACCCAAAGCCCCCACAGGUGGCAGCAGCAGCACUGAAUAUGCUGCGUCUGCGUGGGUUGGUAUUGAUGGCGAUACUGCCCAGAACUCCAUUCUUCAGACUGGCGUCGACUUCUAUGUUCAGAACGGCCGUGUGUCGUAUGAUGCCUGGUACGAGUGGUACCCCGACUAUGCCUACACCUUCAGCGGCUUUGGCAUCUCCGCUGGCGACACCAUCCGCACCACCGUCACUGCCACCAGCACGACCGCCGGCACAGCUGUCGUCGAAAACCUGACCACCGGCAAGAAGGUGACACAUUCUUUCUCCGGCCAGUCUCGCGCCCUGCAGGAGCUCAACGCCGAAUGGAUUGUUGAGGACUUCUCGUCGGGUGGUUCCCUGGUUCCCUUUGCCAACUUCGGCACUGUCACUUUCACCAGCAAUACUGCGACGACCGCUAGCGGCAGUGUCGGACCUCAGGGUGCUACUAUCAUUGAUAUCAAGCAGAACAACAAGGUCCUCACCUCGUCUUCUGUUUCUGGAUCCAAUGUCAUCGUCCAGUACAUUGGUUAA